AUGGAAGCUAUUUCACAAUUACGUGGUGUUCCUCUGACACAUCAAAAAGAUUUUAGCUGGGUCUUUCUAGUGGAUUGGAUUCUAACCGUGGUAGCGUGUUUAACAACAAUAUUCUACAUGGGAAGGAUUUAUGCAUAUCUUAUAAGUUUUAUAUUGGAGUGGUUAUUAUGGAAACGAGCGAAAAUUAAGGUAAACGUGGAGACAGUACGUGUUUCCUUGCUAGGUGGCCGAAUAUACUUUAAACAUCUUUCCGUGAUUCACAAAGAUUAUACAAUUUCAAUCUUAGAAGGUAGUUUAACAUGGAAAUACUGGCUUUUAAAUUGCAGAAAAGCAGAAUUGAUAGAAAAUGAAAAGAACUCCUCCGGAAAAAAUUCAGAACUUCCAUGCAAAUUCUUAUUGGAAUGUGAAGGUUUGGAGUAUUUUAUCUAUAACAGAACAGAGGCGUAUGAUAAUGUUAUAAACUUAUUGUCCAAGGACGAACGAGAUAAAUUUGAAAAAUACCUUAAUGAACAUUCGUUUCCUGAGCCUUUUAGUGAUGGAAGUAGUGCCGAUAAGUUAGAUGAGGAUCUGAGCGAAUCCGCGUAUACAUCAAAUUCUGAUUCAUCAAUAAUAAACGAUAGGGACUACCAAGAAACAAAUAUUGGUAAAUAUCCCAAAGGUCUAAAUUUUUUUCCACUUGAGCUUAAAUUAAAUCGUGGUUCUUUAUUACUAGGAAAUAAAUUCACGCCUUCAGUCAUGAUUUUAAGUUAUGAAAAUGGUGAAGGUAUAAUAGAUGUUUUACCUCCAAAAGAGCGAUUAGACUUGUACAGAAACAAAACACACUUGGAACUCAAAAAUUUCGAAAUUUCCAUUAAACAAAACAUUGGCUACGAUGACGCUAUCGGAUUAAAGUUCAAAUUGGAUACGGGAAAGGUUUCAAAGCUAUGGAAAACAUUUGUACGAGUGCUACGAGUAGUCGCCAAACCUGUUAUACCGACACGACGUAAAAAGACAGGCCCGUCAGAUGAUGCUUUUUUUCAGAAAUGGAAAGGCCUUUCUCUUUAUAAAGCCUCUGCAGGCGAUGCUAAAACAAGUGAUUUAGACGAUAUUGAAUUCGACUUCACGAGUCAUGAAUAUGCUAAAUUCACAUCUAUUCUAAAGUGUCCAAAAGUUACCCUUGCAUAUGAUGUAGAUGUUCCUGGUGUUGUGCCACAUGGCGCCCAUCCGACAAUACCUGAUAUUGAUGGGCCAGAUGUGGGAAAUAACGGGGCACCACCAGAUUUUGCCUUAGAUGUUCAAAUUCAUGGGGGUUCCAUCUGUUAUGGACCCUGGGCUCAAAGACAGGUAAGUCAUCUACAGCGAGUCUUAUCACCUGUAGUAUCAAGAACUGCUAAACCUAUCAAAAAACUCCCGCCAGGUUCGAGAAGGGUGUACACUCUUUUUAGAAUGAAUAUUUUAAUAAUGGAAGAUACCACUUGGCGUAUUCCAACCAGAGAAUCAAGCAAAGACCCUCAAUUUUUACAACACUACAAAAAAACUAGUGAAGAGUAUAGACCUUUUGGAUGGAUGGACCUCCGGUUUUGUAAGGACACGUACGCAAACUUCAACAUCAGUGUGUGUCCAACGGUAGAAGGUUUUAAAAAUGACUUUAAUGUUCAUUUCGUGGACACUGAAAUCAGGUCAAGUGUUAAUCAUGACAUUUUAUUAAAGAGUAAAGUUUUUGAUCUUAAUGGGGACAUCGGGUACCCCUUAGGUUGGAAUAGCAAAGCUAUAUGGAUAAUCAAUAUGAAAUCUGAACAGUUAGAGGCCUUUUUACUACGAGAGCACAUCACAUUAGUCGCAGAUACGCUUUCAGACUUUUCCGCUGGCGACCCUACGCCAUAUGAACUUUUUAGGCCAUUCGUCUACAAGAUGAACUGGGAAAUGGACGGCUAUUCUAUUUACCUGAACGUUAAUGAUCACAAUAUCGUUAAUAAUCCUUUAGAUUUCAACGAAAAUUGUUACUUGUCACUUCAUGGGGAUAAAUUAACCAUUGAUAUCACGGUUCCUAAAGAGAGUAUCUUGGGUACGUACACGGAUAUGUCUUACGAAAUUUCAACUCCGAUGUUUAGAAUGAUGUUAAAUACACCUCCAUGGAAUACUUUGAACGAAUUUAUGAAGCAUAAAGAAGUAGGAAGAUCCUAUGACUUUACGAUUAAGGGUUCGUAUCUUCUGUACUCAGAGCUAGAUAUAGAUAAUGUUGAUACGCUAACUAUAAAUUGUACAAGCAACAGUACAGUACUUCAUUGUUACGGGUUUGUUAUGAGAUAUUUAAUAAAUGUGAAGAUGAAUUAUUUUGGUGAGUUUUUUAAUUUCGUGACUUCUGAGGAAUAUACAGGUGUCCUUGGUGCCAGGGAGGUUGGAGAAGUCGUGACAAAGAGCUCGGUGGUGGACUUAGCGCCUAGUUUGGAUUCAGAGUGUCAGGAUGACAGUAUGAAGAAUGAUGCUGAAGACAAUGGGCCUGUGAAAAGAUCUGAUCUGAAAAGAACGACCAACGAAACUGAUAUUUGGUUCACAUUUUCGGUUUGGAACGGUGCUUUGAUAUUACCGGAAACAAUAUACAGUUUCGAUCCCUGUAUUGCAUUACAUUUCACUGAGCUCGUUGUUGAUUUUAGGAGCUGCAAUUAUUAUAUGGACAUAAUGGCCGUGCUAAAUGGUACAUCAAUAAAACGACAUGUUUCAAGGCAAAUAAAUGAAGUUUUUGACUUUAUACGGCGUAACAAUGGUGCCGAUGAACAAGAGCAUGGUGUGCUUUCUGACCUUACCAUUCACGGACAUAGGAUGUACGGAUUGCCGCCAACGGAACCUACCUAUUUUUGCCAAUGGGAUAUCAAUCUUGGUGAUUUGAGCAUUGAUUCUGACAUCGAGUUUUUAAAAGGAUUUUUUAAUUCUUUCUAUAAGGUGGGGUUUGGAUAUAAUGACUUGGAGAAUAUAUUGUUAUACGAUACCGAGACCAUCAAUGAUAUGACCUCACUAACCGUGCAUGCUGAAAGAAUAAAAAUAAGCCUAAAUGAUCCAGUAAUGAAAUCGCAAUCAAUCGUUAGUGCAGAAUCGCUACUGUUUACGUUGAUUGACUUUGAAAAUGAAAGAUAUUCACAGAGAAUAGAUAUAAAAGUUCCAAAAUUGACCGUUUCUCUAAGUUGUGUCAUGGGAGAUGGUACAAACACCUCGUUCCUCAAAUUUGAAACGAAAUUGAGGUUUACAAAUUUUGGCCAGUAUAAAGAUAUCAAUAAAAAAAGAUCGGAACAGCGUAGAUACAUUACAAUGAACGAUUCACCUUAUCACAGAUGUCCUUUUCUUCUUCCGCUAUUUUACCAAGAUUCUGAUACAUACCAAAAACUGUAUGGGGCUAUUGCUCCGUCGUCUUCGAUUCCAACUUUACCUCUUCCUACUUUACCUGAUACUAUAGACUAUAUUAUCGAAGAUAUCGUGGGCGAAUACGCAACACUUCUAGAGGCUACAAAUCCAUUUAAGGAUUUAUUUGCUGAAACUCCAUCAACUGUUGACCCUUUGAAAGCUAGUUUUACUGAAGAUGAUGAUGACGAAGCAGCAGACCCUUUAGAAUUCAAACCUGUCGCUUUUACAGAAGAGAUAAAUUAUGAACGGGACAACUAUGUUAUUGAUGUAUCUUAUAUUCUCCUGGAUAUUGACCCAUUGCUAUUUGUCUUUACCAAGAGCCUAUUAGAACAAUUUUAUUCUGAAGAUAUGGUACAAGUCUUGGACGAUAUCGAAAUUGGGAUUGUUAAACGGUUAAGCAAUCUUCAAGAAGGAAUCAUCUCUAUUUCCAACAUUGAUGUCCACGUUGCCUAUUUAAAUCUAAUUUGGCAAGAGACAGGUGAGGAAGGUUUUGAGCUCUAUUUGGACCGUAUCAACUACCAAAUGAGUGAAAAAUCUCUCGAGAAAAACAGAACAAGUAAAUCACUUGACUUAGCAGUCUUGGCCAAGGUAAAGACUGUGAGAGCAACCAUUAAUCAGAAGAAAAAUCCAGAGUUGUCUAAGGAUCGUCCACCUGCGCUUUCAUUAGGCCUUGAAGGAUUUGAAGUAUGGUCUUCUACUGAGGAUAGACAGGUCAAUUCACUAAAUCUGACAUCAUCGGACAUAACCAUAGAUGAAUCCCAAAUGGAGUGGCUGUUUGAGUACUGUAGUGAUCAGGGGAAUCUCAUACAGGAAGUUUUCACAUCGUUUAAUGCCAUCCAGAAUACGAGAACUAGUACGAAGACAGAGCUUAUAUCAAAACUUACAGCUGCAAGUGAAUAUUAUAAAAUUAGUCACGAUCCUUACGUCAUAACAAAGCCUGCUUUCAUUAUGAGACUUUCUAAAGGGCAUGUACGCGAGAAUCGUAGUUGGAAAAUUAUCACACGUUUGAGACAUAUUCUAACUUAUCUUCCGGAUGACUGGCAAAAUAACAUUGAUAAGGUGUUGAAAGAGAGAAAAUAUAGUUUUGCCAAAGACGCUAAAAACAUCUUCAUGUCCGUAUUUUCAGCUUGGAGGAACUGGGAGUUUUCAGAUGUUGCAAGGUCAUAUAUAUAUGGUAAAUUGUUUUUGGCAGACCCUGCGAAACAUAAAAGAAACUCAAUUAAGAAAUUGCUAAAGUGUACCAUGGGAUCAUUUUAUCUUACCGUUUAUGGUGAGGGAUAUGAGGUCGAACAUAACUUUGUGGUUGCGGAUGCCAACUUAGUAGUGGAUUUGACACCUCCUGUAACAAAUUUGUCCUCAAACCGAGAAGAAACGAUUGAAAUCACAGGAAAAGUUGGUUCGGUGAAAGGCAAGUUUAGUGAUAAACUGCUCAAAUUGCAAGAUCUCAUCCCGCUGGUUGCAGCAGUAACUGAAGAUGAUAAAAGUGAUCCAAAAGCCGAAUUAGCAAAACAAUUCAAAAUGAAUACCGUAUUAUUAGUAGAUAAAAGUGAAAUACAACUGGUUAUGGAUCAGACGAAAGUAAUGAGUAGGACAGUAGGUGGUAGAGUCAGUUUGCUAUGGGAAAACCUGAAAGACUCAACAAGUCAAGCAGGUUCAUUGGUUAUUUUUUCCCAAAAAUCAGAAGUAUGGUUAAAGCAUGCGUCCACCAUUUUAGGUGAGGCUCAGCUUUGUGACUUUUCAAUUUUAGCUACUACAGAAGCUUGGUCGCAUAAGCCCACGAUCUUGGUUAACAAUCAAUGUGCUGAUCUUCAUUUCAGAGCAAUGAGCACUACUGAACAAAUGGUAACUGCUAUUACUGAAAUCAAAGAAAGCGUUCUGAAGGUUAAAGAACAAAUUACGUUCAAGCCGAAGGCAAAGAAUAAGUCGCAGUUUGUCGGCCCAAAAAUUAAUACUGUUUUAUCAUGUUACUUUUCAAAUGUUAGUUCAGAAAUCAUGCCGCUUUCACCGUUUUAUAUCCGUCAUGAGGCGAAGCAACUCGAUGUCUACUUCAAUAAAUUCGGUUCAAAUGAGAUUUUGUUAAGUAUAUGGGAUACUGAUUUUUUCAUGACAUCACAUCAGACCAAGGAACAAUAUUUGAGGUUUUCUUUUGGCGAUAUUGAAAUCAAAGGAGGAUUUUCUAAAGAAGCUUAUUCGUUGAUAAAUGUUGAUGUUUCAAUAUCUAUGAUUAAACUUACCUUCUCUGAACCGCGUCGUAUUGUUAAUAGUUUUUUACAAGACGAGAAGCUUGCUUCUCAAGGUAUAAAUCUUUUGAGCUCUUUGAAUUCCUUGUUUUCUACCACAGACCUAACAAAAACGAAGAAAGAAACGCCUACAAAAAUGAUAAACUGGACAUUGGAUACCAAUAUUAGUUAUUUUGGUAUUCUGGUACCAGUGGCAUCCACUUAUUUUGUUUUUGAAUUGCACAUGCUCCUACUCUCAUUAACUAAUACGAACAACGGUCUACUUCCAGAACAAACUAGAGUGACGGGGCAACUGUCUAUUGAAAAUAUUCUCUUUUUGAUAAAAGAGCGGUCAUUACCUAUUGGCCUCUCCAAGUUGCUUGAUUUUUCUAUAAAGGUAUCUACUUUACAAAGGACGGCUGACACGGAACAGUCCUUCCAAGUUGAAAGUUCCCAUUUCAGAGUCUGCUUAUCUCCCGAUUCUUUGCUAAGGCUAAUGUGGGGAGCGUAUAAAGUUUUGGACUUGGUUCAGUACUAUUCAAAACGCCAUGCACCUAAUAUUUGGAACAUUAAAAUGUUCACAGGUAACAGUAACAAACCAAAAGAAAUACCUAUAAAUUUCCGUUCCAUACACAUUUUAUCUUACAAAUUUUGUAUAGGUUGGUUAUUCCAGUAUGGAGCAGGGGAUGAUCCGGGUUUAAUGUUUGGCUAUAAUAGAUUAUUUUCUGCAUAUGAAAAGGAUUUUGGGAAGUUUACAAUUGUUGACGCAUUCUUCUCUGUUUCAAAUGGUAAUACUUCAAGCACCUUCUUUUCUGAAGGAAACGAGAAGGAGAAGUACAAUAGAAGUUUCUUACCGAAUAUGCAAAUAUCUUACUGGUUCAAACGAUGUGGGGAGCUAAAGGAUUGGUUCUUCCGAUUUCAUGGUGAAGCAUUAGACGUAAAUUUUCUUCCUUCAUUUAUGGAUGUUAUCGAUUCUACUUUACAAUCCAUGCGAGCAUUUCAAGAAUUGAAAAAAAAUAUCCUGGACUUUUCCCACGGGUCAGAUAUGGAAAACAGCAGUCCUGAUGCCGCUCCACAUACUGAAACUGCUUCGAAUAGUUUGGCUCCCUUUCUUGACAACAUUAGAUCUGUUAACUGUAAUUUCAAGUAUGAUGGUGGUGUUUUUCGGGUAUAUACAUAUGACGACAUUGAAGCUAAAAGUGAGCCGUCAUUUGAACUCAAAAGUCCAGUUGUCACCAUAAAUUGCACGUAUAAGCACGAUGAAAGCAAAGCUAAACCACAUAGGAUCAGAACAUUAAUCACUGUUGAUCCAACACAUAACACAUUAUACGCAGGCUGUGCUCCUUUACUGAUGGAGUUUUCUGAAAGUUUACAAAAUAUGAUAAAGAAACAUAGUACCGGCGAAAAGAAACCAAAUUUUACAAAAUCUUCUACACAAAAUGUCGAUUAUAAGAGAAUUUUGGAUCAAUUUGAUGUAGGUGUUAAACUUACAUCGGCCAAGCAACAGUUAAGUUUGAGCUGUGAACCGAAAGCUAAGGUCCAGGCUGAUGUUGGAUUUGAAUCGUUCUUGUUUAGCAUGACAACCAACGAAUUCGAUUCUGAACAGCCACUGGGAUUUUCUUUAACUUUAGAACAAACAAAAGCAUCUAUUAAGCAUAUAUUUUCAAGAGAGGUGAGUACAUCUUUUGAGGUUGGCUUUAUGGACCUAACGCUUUUAUUCACACAUCCUGAUGUCAUCAGCAUGUAUGGAACAAGUUUGGUGUCUGAUGUAAACGUCUUCUUUAAUGUGAAACAGCUUCAAAACUUGUAUCUGUUUCUAGAUAUAUGGAGAUUCAGUAGCAUUUUGCAUACACGACCUUCGCAAAGGCCUAAUAAUAAGGAAAUUAAUAUGAGUUCACUAGCGCCGACCAGCAAUCUCGAUGCUGGUGCUGAAAUACCAUGGUGCUUUACGCUUAUUUUUACAAACCUUAGCGGUGACGUGGACUUGGGCCCUUCUCUUGGUGUUAUUUCGUUAAGGUCCCAAAGAACAUGGCUAGCUACGGAUCACUAUGACGAAAAGCGGCAACUAUUGCACGCUUUUACUGAUGGUAUUAGCUUGACUUCAGAAGGUAGACUGAGCGGUUUAUUUGAAGUUGCGAACGCAAGUUGGGUAUCUGAAGUCAAAUGGCCACUCGAAAAGAGUAAAAAUACUCACCCGUUAGUCUCUACCUCUUUGAAUAUUGACGAUGUAGCUGUUAAAGCUGCUUUCGAUUACCAUAUGUUCUUAAUCGGUACUAUAAACAACAUACGCUUUCAUCUUCAUAAUGAGAAAGAUUCCAAGGGUGUCCUGCCUGAUUUACUGCAAGUGUCGUUUUCAUCCGAUGAAAUUACUCUCAGCUCUACUGCACUGGUUGCCGCAAAUAUUUUGGAUAUAUACAAUACCAUUGUACGUAUGAGGCAAGAUAAUAAGAUAUCGUAUAUGGAAACACUGCGAGAUUCUAAUCCGAGUGAGUCCAAGCAACCGAUAUUGUAUAAGGAUAUUUUGAGAUCCCUAAAAUUAUUGAGAACAGAUUUAUCAGUGAAUAUUUCCUYCUUGAAGGUCCAAAUCUCGCCAAUAUCUUUAUUUGAUGUGGAAGUUUUGGUAGUAAGGAUUGGUAAGGUUUCUAUACGUUCUGAAACACAUUCGGGGAAGAAAUUAAAGACAGAUUUACAACUUCGAGUCUUGGAUGUCUCAGCAGCACUUUCUACUUCAAAAGAAGAGUUAGACGAAGAAAUUGGAGCUUCUAUUGCUAUUGAUGAUUAUAUGCAUUAUGCAUCCAAAAUAGUUGGCGGUACCAUUGUUGACGUUCCAAAACUUGCAGUUCACAUGACAACUCUACAAGAAGAAAAGACCAACAAUUUAGAGUAUCUUUUCGCAUGCUCUUUUUCAGACAAAAUAUCCGUCAGGUGGAAUCUAGGACCUGUGAAUUUUAUUAAAGAAAUGUGGACUACACAUGUCAAAGCGCUGGCAGUUCGUCGUUCGCAAACAGCAAAUAUUGCGUUUGGGCAGACAGAAGAAGAACUUGAAGAAUCAAUUAAGCGAGAAGAAAACGCUUCUAAGUUCAACUAUAUUGCGCUUGAAGAGCCACGGAUUGAAGUGCCUCAAAUAAGGGAUCUGGGAGAGGCUACUCCGCCUAUGGAAUGGUUUGGUGUUAAUAGAAAGAGAUUGCCUAAGUUCACUCAUCAAACUGCAGUGAUCCCCGUCCAAAAGCUGGUGUAUCUUGCAGAAAAACAGUAUGUCAAAAUACUGGACGAUACGCAUUGA